AUGCAUUACCGUUCUUUCUUUACUGCUUUCUUGGCCACGGGCUUGGUGACUGCUCAUCCAUAUCACCAUGCAAAGCGAGCAGUCAGUCCUGAUGGGUCAUGUGGGCCUGCCAACGGCUACACGUGCCCCAGUUCAGCUCCAUGCUGCUCACAAUGGGGUUGGUGUGGCGGAGGCCCCGAGUACUGUGCUGCAGCAUGUCAACCUAACUUUGGAAACUGUGACGGUGGAGGCGGCUCAACUACAACUCAAGGUCCACCCCAAGGCCCCCGUAGUGGGUCCGUCAGGGACGUUCCGAGACCAAAGAUUGGUUCUGUGCCAUACGGCAGCGUCAUAUUCAACUGCGUCAGAAACGGCGACAUAGCCCUUACCUUUGACGAUGGGCCCUACAUCUAUACACCCCAUCUCCUAGAUGUGCUGGCCCAGUACAAUGUCAAAGCCACCUUCUUCGUCGUUGGUAGCAAUGGGAACGGAGACAUCGAUCAAGUGGGCCAAUGGUCUGACAUUAUCAGACGCGCCUAUAACGAAGGCCAUCAGAUCGCCUCCCACACCUGGAGCCAUCCAGAUCUCACCACUCUUUCUUCCGCGGCUCGGAGGGAGGAGAUGUACAGAACCGAACAAGCCCUCGCCAACAUCCUCGGCGUCUUCCCUACCUACAUGCGCCCUCCUUACCUAGCCUUCGAUAGCGCCUCCCAAGCAGACAUGGCCGACCUAGGCUACCACGUGAUCUCCACUAAUCUUGACACCAGAGACUAUGCCAAUAACUCUCCAGAGUUGAUCGGCAACUCUCAACGAACUUUUGACGAGUUCACCGCUCGCGAUCCGGGUUCAGCCAGCUACAUCGUCCUGAAUCACGACAUUCACCGCGAGACUGUCUAUACUCUGGCUGAAUAUGAAAUUCGACGCCUGCAAUCACGUGGCUACCGACCUGUCACUACAGGAGAGUGUCUUGGCGACCCUCCGGCGAAUUGGUAUCGCAGUGUCCCCCAGUCACAGUUCAGGAUCCUCAAUCUGGCGCCGCAGAGUGCGCCGUCGAGCGAGGAUUUGGCUGCGCAAGAAUUUGCCCCACCGGCUAGGACCUGCAAUUUUAUCGAGGAUCCGAAUUCGGUUCAGAGGCUGUUUGCUUUGGUUUAG